UACGUAGGCCUACUGAUGGAAUAUUUAUGUUAGUUACAGUGUGUUCUGAAGGUACUGACUGAGUUACAUCGAGCACGUUCAGAAGUCUGCACAGAAUUUUCAGUAACUGACAAGGCUAAUUUGUGCUCUAGUUUUCUAGACAAUACAAGCAAAGCAGCCAUGCCGAAAAGAAGCAAAGCAAAUCAUGACACUGAAGUCGAGCCAAAGAGGAGAUCCACAAGGUUGUCAUCUAAACCUACUACUCCGGCUAAAGCAGAGCCAAAGGCAAAGGUAAAGACACCAGUCAAGGCAGCAGCCAAGCCCAAAAAGGUAAAGGAGGUGGUAGAGAAGGCCAAGCCUGAGGAGAAGAAAGAAGAUCCUGAGGAGGAAGAAGCAGCACCGGCAGAAAACGGAGAGGCCAAAGCUGAGGAGGAGGCAGCAGAAGAGGCAGAUGAGCCCGAGAAAGAGGAGGAUGAGACAGAAUAACAUCCUUACCCUUUUGCCAGUGCUCCCUGUACCUCCUUUCUUGUACAAUGCAGAUGAAUAUUUUUAUCAACUAUUUUCUUAAGAAAAAGCAGGUUGUGUAGUAGUAAGAUUGUAGAAACACAUAUUUUUUGUUUUUUUUACACCUCUGGAAGAAAAGUUAUGGUCAUUGUGUGUUUCCCUUUUCUUUUGUGGUCUGGUUCAGUUGUCGAAGAGGGAGGAGUGCAGGUUUGUAGCAAUGACAUGCAAUCAUGCCAAUAUCAUGAACUUGUUAUUCAACUGGGAGAGUUGUCUGAGACUAACAUUCCAUAGGCUUUAUGAGGGACAGUUUAUUUAACCUGUAUUGUAUGGGGAAGGGUUGGGGGGUUUAUACACAAUAAUACUUGUUUUAUUGUUUAUAAUAGGUAGGAAGCUGGUGAUUCUGUUUUAAGCUGUGCUCUAUGAAUAUUAACUCUUAUCCACACCGUAUUAUGAAUCCACAGUUAUGGUUCAUCAUCCUCCCUAGUACAUGUACUGGAUUUUUCAUCAGGCCUGUGCAUUAUGUGAAAUGGUUUUUGUCUCUGUUUGGUGACGGUAUUGCAAUAACAUUUGAUAUAGCUGCUGUGAAACUAGGGUUUUUUCGUAAUUUCUAUGCAGUAUGUAAUGUAAUGGAAAGUUGUGAGGAUGGUUCAUGUGUUUUUAGCUAAUAACAUGAAAUGCAUUACAGUGUUAAACAUACUGAUUGUAGCUUAUCCUUUUGAGGAUACUGAUAAACAUUGACUGUACUUUCACUUAAUCUUUCAAGUGAACAUACAGCCAUAGCAAGAUUUCCAUGUGGUUUUAGGAUUUUAUGUACCAAUGUACAGUUUCUCUUUUAUUUUUUUUGUAGCUGUAUCUGUGUGAUUGGUAUAAACAUGCCAAUUGAAUAAAAAAUGGUUGUAAUUUC